AAACAGAGCCCUUUCUCGGCAAACUGAGUCGUACUGAUUUGAAACUCGUUGGGGCAGACCUGAAGUACAUAUUAGAUCUGUUCUGUGCCCUGUCAGUGGCAAUCAGCCGAUCACAGUAGGCCGGAGAAGAUGAUCGUCUGCGUCGCCGUAGUCGGCCACCAGAACAAUCCGCUUUACAUACAGAGCUUCACGGAGGCCGAUGAUGCGCUGAAGCUUCAUCACAUAGUUCAUUGCUCCUUGGACGUCGUCGACGAAAGAGUAAACAAUCCAAAAAAAUCUGGACCGACACUUAAUGAAACUUUUCUUGGCUUGCUAUAUCCAACUGAAAACUACAAGGUAUAUGGUUAUUUGACUAACACAAAGGUGAAAUUCAUCUUGGUGACCACAGACCUUGAUGUCCGAGAUGCGGAUGUGAGAAAUUUUUUCAGGAGGUUCCAUUCAGCAUAUGUUGAUGCAGUGUCGAACCCAUUUCACGAGCCAGGGAAAAAGAUAACUUCCAAAACUUUUGCUGAAAGGGUUAGUAAUAUUGUGAAGUCAUUUGGGCUGAGUUCAGGUGCAUGAAUUUCUGCUGCUGCUUUGGGGCUGAUACUUUCAAAACAAUCCUUGCUGUGGGUGGAGGUACCAACGGUUUUCCUUUCCUUUUUGUUGUAUCUUUAUACUUUCACCUGCUUUUGACCUUGUAGUAUUGUUGGGCUUAAUUUUGCUUAUCCAAGUCUACUUUGAGAAGAUAUUCAAACAUAAUUUAGCGUGGAGUGCAGUUUUAAGCGCUUGAAA